GACAGCAGUGAGAGAGGAUGUAUCCGCAUGUCAAUUGAAAUUAAAUACGCCGAGUUUUGGCUGAAGGACGGCUUGUUCUCCGUCAAUUCUUCCUGCGAAUGCAACGUUGAGCUGCAACCACCUCAACAGGUUAUGGGCCCAGGAGUCAUUCGAAGGUAAAGUCAGUUUCCACCAUGUAGAAGGUCGCGAAGGACAGCGUGCUUACGGACUGCUGAUUAGCGGAAAAAGCUAACAGGCAACAUGGAUCCACGAGGAACAAGUAGGUUACCUCGACUGGCAUUUGACGGAGAUGAAGCUAAAUAUUAACUCUGGGAAACUAAAAUGUUGGGACAUGUUCAUCUAAUCGGGCUAAAGAAGACAGUGCUGGUAGGACCAACCACUGAAGCAGAGAGAGAAAAUGAUGAAAUGAAAAAUGCGGACGCGUAUGCUGAAAUGAUACAACUUCUUGAUGAUAAAAGCCUUUCGUUAAUAAUGAGAGAUGCGCCAAAUGACGGAAGAAAAGCUCUGAAAAUAUUAAGGGAAUAUUAUGCUGGGAAGGGAAAACCCAGGAUUAUAAACUUGUACACCAUGCUAACAUCUCUUCAAAAGGGAACCUAAGAAAGCAUAGUGGACUACAUAAUAAGAGCUGAGACCGCCAUCACAGCAUUGCGAAAUGCAGGUGAAACAAUGGCAGAUGGUCUACUUAUCGCAAUGGUCUUGAAGGGGCUGCCAGAAAGUUACAAGCCAUUUACAAUUAAUGUGGCGCAUACUGAUGAGAACAUGACAUUUGCAGAAUUCAAAACCAAACUCUGAAGUUUUGAAGAAACGGAAAAAUUAAAUGCAGCAGAAUCAAGCGACAGAGUGAUGAAGACUAAAGCAAGAGCUUCAAAGCAAACCACAAAAGCAAACGCUCGUGACCGGAUCAAAGACGACACAGAGUUGGUGUGCUUCAAAUGUGGGAUCAAAGGUCACCGUGCAAAAUCAUGUCGACAAAAGACAUGGUGUAGUCGGUGCAAAACGGACACGCACAAAGACACCACUUGCAGACGCAAGGAAACACCGGACGGAGCGAGAAAAAUUGCUGAAGAUGGAGAUCCUGACUUCGCGUUCAAGGUGAGAGAUGAACAGCCCGACACCAGGCGGCAGGAUACACACAGCAUCCGUGAACGAGGUCUGAUGGUGGACACGGGAGCGACAUCUCAUAUCAUCACUGGCGAGACCAAAUUCAAAAGCUUCCAGGAGACGUUCAAACCAGAGAACCACAGCGUCGAGUUGGCAGAUGGUACCCGGUGCAGUGGAGUCGCACUCAAAAGAGGAGAUGCGGAGUGCUACCUGAUUGACAACGGAUGACAUGAUUGCUGAUAUCAUGACAAAACCUGUAACAAAGUUAAAAUUGAUUAAGUUUGACAGUGUUAUUUUUGGAAUUUGAAAUGUAAAAUUUCAUUUGGUUGUUAAAAAGGCCAUCAACAUGAGAACAAGUGGCGGUGUUGAGAGAAAUGGUGGAGGAAAUGUUUUGUCUUCAUAAAUGUGUCCUCAGUUGAUGUUGAAAUAAUGUUCCUAUUGCUUGUUAUUAUUUACAUAUUAUCUUUUCGCCACAAGAUGGCAGGAUGGGACUUAAUUGUCUAAAGUGCUACUUUUAUUACUUCUUUGUGUUUGACUUUGAUUACUUUGAUUUGUGAUUACUUUGAUUUGUGGGAUUGCCUGUGAAGACAGCAGUGAGAGAGGAUGUAUCCGCAUGUCAAUGGAAAUUAAAUACGCCGAGUUUUGGCUGAAGGACGGCUUGUUCUCCGUCAAUUCUUCCUGCGAAUGCAACGUUGAGCUGCAACCACCUCAACACCCGAUGUGCUGCAGGCUUUUGUUGCUGCACCAGGGAGAGGCGUGUGAGCCUUCUUGGGUUUCAAAAAGAUCCUGUUCACCGCGAAGAAUGGGCGAAACAAGUCCGACAACUGUGGGACCAUUGGACGGGGAAGGAAGCGGGAGUGGCCACCUCUCUUGGCCGACGACCGCCGGCUUGUCGCACACCACGGUCGCCGGCUGAGGAGCGCCCAUGCUCGGGCAGCCACGCGCUCUCAUCUGCGGUUUUGCGACCACCUGGAAAGACAACACUUCAUUCAGACUGAGGAGAGAAGGACUUCACACUUAAUAGACUAACUGGAAAGACAACACUUCAUUCAGAUUGAGGACAGAGGGACUUCACACUUGACGAAGAGGAAACUCUAAGAAUAUGUAAGUGCAUUGUUUUUGUGGGUCACCUCUGGACAAGUUGCUUCGUUGAGCUGAUUGCAAGAAUAGAGAUUCUGGAGAGGGUCUGAGAAAUGGGUGCUGGAGGCCAACAGACAGAGAUGGCAAGCUGCAGUGGGAUUUAUACCUGGGAAGAGGUGCAGAGUCAUUGCAGAAGGAAUGAUAUGUGGCUGGUGAUCCAACGGAAGGUCUACAAUGUCACAAAUUGGGCCACCAAACAUCCGGGAGGCUUUCGGGUCAUCCAUCAUUACGCGGGAGAAGAUGCCACGGAGGCAUUUACUGCCUUUCACCCAGACAAAAAGUUUGUGCAUCGCUUCCUGAAGCCACUGCUGAUUGGAAAGCUGGCAGAGACAGAGCCCAACCAGGACAGACAGAAGAAUGCUGCAGUCAGUCAGGACUUCAAGGAUUUACGUGCACGUGCAGUGCAACAGGGUCUAUUUCGAGCCCAUCCUCUGUUCUUCAUGGCCCAUCUAAUUCAUAUUGUGCUGCUAGAAGUACUGGCCUGGCUGCUGGUGUGGUUUUGGGGAACAAACUGGAUCUCGACGAUAGUCUGCGCCGUCCUGAUGGCAACUGCGCAGAUCCAGGCCGGAUGGCUGCAGCAUGAUUUUGGUCACCUGUCUGUCUUCAAGAAGUCCACAUGGAAUCAUCUUGCACACAAGUUUCUCAUUGGCCAUUUAAAGGGAGCUUCUGCUAACUGGUGGAAUCAUCGGCACUUCCAGCAUCAUGCUAAACCCAACAUUUUCAGUAAAGAUCCAGAUGUCAACAUGCUGCGCAUGUUUGUUAUCGGAUCCGUUCAGCCUGUUGAGUACGGCACCAAAAAGAUCAAACAUAUGCCGUACAACCAUCAGCACCGAUACUUCUUCCUCGUUGGACCUCCACUUCUGAUUCCAGUAUAUUUCCACCUUCAAAUCAUGCGUGUGAUGAUCGUUCGACGAGACUGGGUGGAUAUGGCCUGGGCCUUGUCCUACUAUCUUCGCUAUUUCAGUUGUUAUAUUCAACUUUAUGGUCUGCUGGGCUCAUUCGCACUCAUCGUAUUUGUCAGAUUUCUGGAGAGCCACUGGUUCGUGUGGGUAACUCAGAUGAGUCAUCUACCCAUGGACAUUGACCAUGAAAAGCAUCAGGACUGGCUCACCAUGCAGUUACAAGCCACCUGCAACAUUGAGGAGUCCCCCUUCAAUGACUGGUUUAGUGGACACCUCAACUUUCAGAUUGAACACCAUCUUUUUCCUACAAUGCCGCGUCAUAACUACCAUCGCGUAGCGCCACUUGUGCGCGCUCUCUGUGAGAAGCAUAACAUUGCUUAUCAAGUGAAGACACUGAGAAAAGGCUUGACUGAUGUCAUCAGAUCACUGAAAACCUCAGGGAAUCUCUGGCUUGAUGCAUAUCUUCAUAAAUGAUCUUUUUCUCACAUCUUUUGAAUCUUUGACUGUUUGCUUUGAUUCUAUACAAUGAAACAGAAUGUCCUGUCUUGCCUUCAGAUUCUGUGCAGGAAUUCUGUAGUUACUGUAAUCUCUUGUACUGCCGUCACAUGAUGUAGGUGGACAUUUACUGCCGGUUAACAUUGUAUUUGGCAUAGUUGAUUUAAAAAAAAAAAUAAAAAAAAAAAACUUGUGAAGUAAAAAGGUGAUCCAAACAUUUUUGUCACUUGUUUCUUCAUAUUUAAUAAAUAAGCCUACAUUUCAUCUUGGC